GACAUUCAGAUCUGACGUUGUUGUUGAGAGAUGUAUUUUAUUUUAAUAUCAAAUAUAUUAUAAGUUAAGUUCUCCGCAAUUAUUAUAAUGGAGAAAUAUUAAGGAUAUUUCAUUGCAUCCAUGACAAUAUGUAAUAAAAAAAUAUUUAAGGCAAUAAAAGGUAAGAAAGAUGUCACAGAACCCUUCACAAUAUGUAUGCGAUUACUGCAGUCGAACUUUUACUCGUAAGUACAACUUGCAAACACAUAUCGAGAACUAUCAUAUGAAUUCGUCAUGUUAUUGCGAAAUCUGCGACCAAAGAUUCGGGAGCCCCGCCGGCCUUCAAUUACACUUCUCACGAGGUCACAAUAGAUUUGGUCAAGCAUUCCCCGAAUGCGAUAUAUGUGGUCGCGUCUUCACAAGAAAGCAGAAUAUAACAUCCCACAUGAUUACAGUACAUUUACACAGUGGACGACCAGGUAUCAGAUGUCACUUAUGUGAGAAAACAUUCACAACAGAGAGGAAUUUGAAAAGACACAAAAAUCAAUUACACAACCCCGAUUUUGAAUAUCCAAUUUGUGAUAUGUGUAAGAAAGUAUUUAAAAGUAAAUCUGCACUGAUAACACAUAUUGAUUCGACACACCAGCAUAUAAAUAAAGAUUCUUUGAAAUGUCAACUCUGUAACAAAGUUUAUACUAACAACAGAAACCUUAAAAGGCAUAUCGAAAUGUUUCACGGCGAAAAAGGGGAAUUCAAAUGCAUACAAUGUCCCAAAGUGUACACAUCUAAUCAGAGUUUGAGACGUCACAACAAAACUAUGCAUCAUCCUGAAUCAAUGCAAUAUUAUUGUCAAAUUUGCUGUAAAGAAAUCCACGGGAAGGAAAACAUUGACGAACAUAUAAGUUCAUGCACUCAAGAAGUUCCCGAUAGCAAUGAAAUUGAUGUAACAUCAUUGGUUUAUAACUGCAAUAAUUGUGAUAAAUCAUUCAAUCAAGAACCAUUAUUACGAUGUCAUGUAAAAUCGGAACAUACUUUUCAAGAUUUUUACAAUUAUUGUAAACAAUCCCUAUUAGAAACAACCCAAAUUCAAACAAAAGAAUAUAUAUGUGAAUUCUGCAGUACUAAACUCAAUAAUUUACAUGAAUUGAAAGACCAUUUACUGUUUAUACAUGAAAAAUAUUAUAAUUUAUCCAAUUGUAAUGUCUGCUUCACGAAGUUCACAACAAACGAAACAUUAAUAGAACAUAGAAAGUUCUGUUUACCACCUCCGGAUGUUAAUUCCUGUGAAUACUGCGAUAGACUUUUCACAGAUAUCUCUAGUUUAGAGUUCCAUGUGAAAAUAUUCCAUCCACAAGCACAAUCAUCGAGUAAUGAAGAGACAGAACAGAGUUACAAAUGUCAACAUUGUGAUCGAGUUUAUUACAAUCAGAAAUCUCUAAAACAUCACAUGAAAUUAAAACAUAAAGAACAAAGUUUCAAUUGUCAUUACUGUGGCAAAGUUUGUAAUAACAAAUAUUACCUAUCCACACAUAUUAAAGAGGUGCAUGGUAAUAUAUGUUCGAAGUGUAGUUAUUGUGAUAAAUGGUUCAAAUCCAAGAGGAAUAUACGUCGACAUAUAGAAUACACACAUCUUGGUAUGCAACGACACAAAUGUAUUGAAUGUGACACUUUAUUUAAAGAGAAAAGAAGUCUAAGAAAACAUGUAAGAAUCAAACAUCCACAUUCAAAUUUAUUCCCACAAUGUCAUAUUUGUUAUCGUAGAUUUGAAUCGGCAAAAUCUUGUAAAGUACAUUUGAAAUUAAUCCAUUCUUUAAAUAUAUCAACACAUCCGUGUGGUUUUUGUCCGAUAUCUUUCAAUUCUUUAGAUGCGUUAAAAGAACAUUUACAAACAAACCAUUUAGCGGAAGAUGAAAUUUACAAAUGCGAUGAAUGUAAUUUAUUAUUCAAAGGUCAGAAUAAAUUUGAUCAACACAAAGAGAUACAUCAUUCCAAUCUAUUAUGGAAUGGAAAACGUAAAUCUGUACCUCGCUGUGUUAUUUGUAUCAAAGAUUUCAGUUCGAGAAAAACAUUAAAACGUCACAUAAAGAAGUUUCAUGACGAAUUUAAUGUAGACGAUUUGGCGAACUAUUCAUGGCUUGUUAAAAUAACAAGCGUUAAUUGUGAUGAGUGUAUAAAAACGUUCACAGAUGAGUUAAAAAACAUUAGUUACAAUAAAGUAAAGGAAUCUCUAGAAUCUAUUGUAUAUAAGUGUGAUAAGUGUUUAAAAUCAUAUAAUAUGCUAGAAUAUUCAGUUUUAAAACAUAAAUUAAAUAAUACGUAUAGAAGUAAGAUGAUUUUAAGUGAAUUUUGUACAGCGGAGUUAAGUGAAGGUGACGAUGAUUUGAAUUUGUCACAUAUGGAACCGGAAAGCACAACUGACUGAGGUAAAGACUGAAAUUGCGUUAAUAACUACAAUAAGGCAUGAUAUCUAAUUAUCUGUAAUAUUUAAUCACUUAUAUAAAUAAAUCAUAAUAAA